AAUUCACAAAUGGCGAACCCAAUGUGGCUGAGAUUCUGCCCCACCCCUCGUAGGGUCUAUUAACCAACGUUCCCCCAAAGCGCGGGGAAGGGAUAUGAAGCCCAUGGCUCCUGGCGCUUUCCAUGACUUCCUCCAUCGAGCGGCGAAGAUCCCUUAUUUCCCAGGACGUUUUCGGCCAGCCGGAUUAAGCGUGCAUGGCUUGCUGCACCAAAAACCUGACUAGUUUGGAGGUGCAUUUGCAGGUUUGUUUUCAUAUAAAGGCAGCAGAUCUAUGAGCUCUAGAGUUGAGCUAUUUGUUCGCUUCGAAACUUCGUUCAUGUGCAUUCUGGAGUUGUUGUGGGACGGCUCCUGCGACGCGUCAAAGCUAUCCAAGAAGAAAAUAUAAAUGAAGACGUGCCCAACAAAAGCCUAUAACUGUUGAGUCUUACUGUCAAAGCUCCCACCACUGUUUAUCCUGAGUACCCGUUGCUCAACUAUAGCUAUGUCUGCUGUGGAAGGAAAAUCAGUUCAAGACGACGGUUCCUCUGUCUACUCACGGACUCCCUCCAUCGAGAAACCCGAUGAUCCGGAAUCGCGUGGCAACGGCGGAGGAGCAGACGAGCUUUCCCCGCCCAUCUCUGGAUGUUUAUGUUGCGAGGUGUCCAACGGAAAUCAAGAGGUGAUUGGCGACUGUGAAAAGGAAAAGGCAAACGACCACAGUGCAAAGGGAAAGGAAAAAGAACCAUCUUGCUGCAGCGCGGAUGGAACAUGUAGCAAAUCCAAAAUCCGCCCUCCUAGUCUAUCCUCGCAGAUAACCGAAGAUGAUAAUGGGUUGGACUCGUGCUGCUCUGGGAAGGCUACGGUCUGGCCCACUUAUUCAAUUGGGCAACCUUGUCCGUCCAUCAGUGACGAGAAUGCGUGCUGCAAAGCAGAUGGCGAGUACAAAUGCCUUGUGGAGUAUGCCGCGCAAUUAUGCGCCAUGGACGACCGACAUAGCGAGGACCUGGCAGGUUCACCACAAGCAGAGGAUUGUUGUACUCGUGAAGAAUAUCGAGACAACAGUCUUACUCUUCCAAGACAGUGCAAGGGGGACUUCGUGAUAACCAGGUCGUCCCUUCCCGAAAACUCGGAACUCCCAUCUCGACAUAAUCGCAAACCUACGGAGACACCUUGUAUGAGGCACUUGAGAAUGGCUUCUGAACAUGCUUCAGAUACGGAGCCCAAGGGAGAGGACAGACCUUUCUCAACCUUCUCUGGAUCCGCCAAAGCUGUGGAGGUAAGCUCCAAAAUCAGCAAUAUAGUCCGCAGAUGCUUCUGCAGAGGACCUCGUCGUCUUGUGUUCUUGGAUGGGAAAUCUUGCUGCACGCAGAGCCGCGAACGUAAGAAAGGUCUCGAAGAUGUCUACAAAUCCAUGUCGACUUCCUCAAAGCCUUCAACGGACAACAAAAUAUAUGUCACCGCGACUGCUUGUGAGCCGGCUCCCGAAAUCGAUAUUGAGAAGGGCAAUGUCGACAAGCUAUAUGUUCUUUCACUCGGUGUGGUUGGGAUGACUUGUACAGGAUGUGAGACUAAGUUGCGAAAUCUUUUGAAUUCUUACGUCGGUGUUAGUCUAGUGCGUACCAGUUUUAUGUUAAACCGGGCAGACUUGGUCUAUGACUCCUGCAUUGUUAGCGAUCCAACAGAGAUCACAUCCAGAAUUAAGAAGGUGACCGGCUUCACAUGCACAAUCCUUAGAACAGGGCUUGCAGCCACGGAUGUUGCUGGUGAGCGGAUACGCAUCAGAAAUCUCGAUUUAAAGGGACUAGACAUCCUCCAACGGAUAGAUGGGGUAAGUCACGUCGUACCUCUUCGCGACGGGACGUAUGAGACUUUCUAUAAUCCCCAGACUAUUGGGGUCAGGGAUAUGCUUGAUAUGAUAAAUGCCCCCACCGACACAUACAGACGAGGCCAUGCGGAACUGGCGCCCGACAGCUCUUCCGAAGAAAUUGCACAAGCUACUGCAAAGUCUCAUUGGCUUUGGCUGGCUGGGCGGACUAUAGUGGCUGCAAUUUUCACAAUCCCAGUUCUUGUGUUUGCAUGGGCGCCUGUAGCCAGAUACGCCCCUUUCCCGAAACAGACCUCCUUCGUCUGCUCGUCCCUUGUGCUUGCAACUGUCGUACAACUUCUUGCGAUCCCGAUAUAUAAACAUGCAUUUCGGUCGUUGAUAUACCAGAAGGAAAUAGAUAUGGAUGUUCUGGUGGUGCUGUCCAUUACGAGCGCCUAUAUUUACUCCGUGGUGUCAUUUGCUUUGGAGAUACGGCUUUCGACCGCCCAGACAGUCCUGGGCCAUCCUAUUUUUGAGACUAGCUCGUUGCUAAUCACUUUGAUAUUAUUGGGAAGACUGAUGGCUGCGUGGGUUAGGAGAAAAGCCCAGAAUGCUAUCAAACUGGGCACAUCACAACAGAAAUCUGCCCUUGUUGUUAGAAAGGCCUCCCCCAAGAGUAAUCCCGAUGCCGGUGCCUUUUUGGGCUUGGGUGACAACCAACCCGAAUUAAUCGAUAGUUCCCUCCUUCACUACGGGGAUAUUAUUCAAGGGAAAGCCUCUGAAAACAUUGUCACUGAUGGUAUCGUUGUUAGCGGCAGCGCAGAAAUAGACGAGGCGCACAUCACUGGAGAACACGAACCAGUGAUUCGUUCUAGGAAGGCAUAUGUCUACGCUGGAUCAACUAUUAUCAACGGCCAGAUCAAUUACCGAGUAACGAGACUAGUAUCAGAAAAUACGCUCAGCAUUGUCAAGCGGUUCGUUUCUACAGCGGCAUCAUCGCGAACAAGAACAUUGGAAAGAGCCGAUUUAACUGCCUCAUAUCUCACCCCUAUAAUCCUUGCUGUUGCGUGUAUUGCAUUUCUCAUCUGGGCUUUUGUCAACCGCUUCGUCAGGAAUUGGUCCAGCACAGAAUCAGCAGUCAACGCCCUUACGCAUGCGAUUGCAAUCCUCGCUAUCAGCUGCCCUUGUGCAUUAGCUCUGGCAGUCCCAAUGGUUCUAACAGUUGCCAGUACUGUGGGAACUAAGAAGGGGGUCCUAUUCAAAGCGGGAGCUGCUCUCGAAACUGGAUGCAAAAUUACCGAUGUUGUUUUUGAUAAAACAGGGACCUUAACAUCAGGCGAGCUAGCUGUCCUUUGUGAAACACUUUUCUGUGAGGAGUCCGGUCAAACUUGCCAGGAAAUAAGCAGGAUGGCAGCGACGGUCACAAGAGGGAAUCGCCAUCCUGUGUCUCUGGCAAUCACACAAUACGUCGCGAGCAACUACGGCCAAACAAACAACACACCGUCCCCUGAAGUAGACUCCAAGAUAAUCAUCGGCAAGGGUGUCGAAAUAACUACUGAGAAAGGCACAACACUGAAAGGUGGCAGCCCAUCCUGGCUUGGCGUCGAAACCCAUCCCAAAGUCAAAGAACUGCUCGAUGCAUCCCUGACCACAUUCUGUGUGGCACGAAACGAUACCCUCCUCGCUGUCUACGGACUCACCAGCACCAUCCGCCCCGAAGCCGCCGCCGUCCUCCAAAAGCUACACAGCAAGAGAAUAACCACCCACCUGCUCUCAGGAGACAACCCCCUUGCCGUCCGCGCCGUCGCUGCGUUCCUCAACUUCAACACAGCCAACGUCCACAGCCUCUGCCAACCCGAUAGCAAAGCAGCAUAUAUUCGCGACUUGCAGACGACCUCGAUGGUAACCCCUCCACCUCCACCUCCUCUUGGACCCCGCUCCCUCUUCUCUUUCUUCCGGCUACCUCGCCUCCGCCCUCCUCCCUCCUCCCAACGAAAAGUCCUCUUCAUCGGCGACGGCACCAACGACGCCCCCGCCCUUACCCAAGCAGACCUAGGCAUUUGCAUGACAAACGCAACCGACAUCGCCGCCGACGCCGCCGACGUUGGUAUCCUCUCUGGUUCGCUGGACGGCCUGCUCGCGUUCCUCGACCUAUCUCAGCAGGCGACGCGGCGGAUCCAGCUCAACAUCGCGUGGGCGGUGCUCUAUAACGUGUUUGCGGUGCUUUUUGCCGCUGGAGCGUUUGAGGCGGCUGGCUUCCGCAUCGAGCCGAGUUAUGCUGGGGCGGGGGAGAUUGUGAGUCUGUUACCGGUUGUGUUGGUUAGUUUGAGCUUGAGUCUUUGGGGGAGGAGGAGGUGA